GAGCAACACUUCGAUAGAGCAGAGGGAGAAGAGGCUGAAGGAGCGUUGCACUUUCUUCUUCACACAAUCUCUUCGGAUGACCCAAGACGCAAGCAGUGUCCCUCUUCCCGAGCCAGCAACAAAGAAGCUUCGCACCAACUCUCCUCCUCCGUCCACAGCACCAGCAAGCAUGGCCGACUCCACCACCGCCUCCUCUUCCACCCCCGUCUACUCUCCGACUGCCUUCCUCGUACAAUGCGAUCCGGAGCACCCCAACGCUAAGCUACCAACCCGUGGCUCUGCUCUUGCAGCGGGAUACGACCUCUAUGCCAGUGAGACUGUUACCCUGCCCAAGGAAGGGGGCAGGAAAGUCGUCCAGACGGGGAUCAGGAUGAAACUGCCCGAGGGGUGCUAUGGUAGGGUGGCACCUAGGAGUGGACUUGCUGUCAAGCACGGCAUCGAUGUUGGAGCUGGUGUGAUUGACGCCGAUUACAGAGGUUUGCUGGGCAUCUUGCUCUUCAAUUUUGGACAGGAGGACUUUACUAUCAACACUGGAGACCGUAUUGCUCAGCUGGUCAUCGAGCGUAUUCACACGCCAGAGGUGACGGCCGUUGACUCACUCGAUGUCACUGUCCGCGGAGAGGGCGGCUUCGGCAGCAGUGGUGGCUUCGGUCCCAAGGCAUAGUGGUCGAUUGGCCAGUAUGCUCUUUUCAACAUCAUUGCUAUCAUCAUCAUCGCCGUCUCGCAUCUGUGAUUGCUCGAGAGCUUCGACUCGUA